AUGCCACUGUCCGGAACCCCAGCUCCCAACAAGAAGAGGAAAUCCAGCAAGUUAAUUAUGGAACUCACUGGAGGUGGUCAGGAGAGCUCAGGUCUAAACCUGGGCAAGAAGAUCAGUGUCCCAAGGGAUGUUAUGUUGGAGGAGCUGUCACUGCUCACAAACCGGGGUUCCAAGAUGUUCAAAUUGCGGCAGAUGCGAGUGGAGAAAUUUAUCUACGAGAAUCACCCUGAUGUCUUCACUGACAGUUCAAUGGAUCACUUCCAGAAGUUCCUUCCUACUGUGGGAGGUCAGCUAGGCACAGAUGGUCAGGGAUUUUCCUACAGCAAAGGCAGUGGUGGAGGCCAGGCAAGAGGCAGCGGCUCUGCUGGGCAAUAUGGUUCUAACCAGCAGCACCAUCAAGGCUCUGGGUCUGGGUCUGGAUCUGGUGGCACAGGUGGCCCUGGGGGUCAGGCUGGCAGAGGAGGAGGAGAUGGCACAGCAGGAGUCGGUGAAUCAGAAACAGGAGACCAGGCAGGUGGGGAAGGAAAACAUAUCACUGUGUUCAAGACCUAUAUCUCCCCAUGGGAGCGGGCCAUGGGGGUUGAUCCCCAGCAGAAAGUGGAACUUGGCAUUAAUCUGCUGGCAUAUGGGGCCAAAGCUGAACUCCCCAAAUAUAAGUCCUUCAACAGGACGGCAAUGCCCUAUGGUGGAUAUGAGAAGGCUUCCAAACGUAUGACCUUCCAGAUGCCCAAGCUAGACCUGGGACCCCUGCUAAGUGAACCCUUGGUCCUCUACAACCAGAACCUCUCCAACAGGCCUUCUUUCAAUCGAACCCCAAUUCCUUGGCUCAGUUCUGGGGAACCCGUAGACUACAAUGUGGAUAUUGGGAUCCCCUUGGAUGGAGAAACAGAGGAGCUGUGA